AAUAAUAAUAUGUAUUCAACAAACAGUCAAUAAUGUACAAAAGACUAUGUUUGUUAGUUACAUAAAUAGGAAAAGUAACUCGGCCUCUAUCCUUAAGGAAAUUAGAUUUUGUUAGGGAAUUGGGAUAUACACAAGUAACCAUGAGACAAAUCAGAUGAUGAUGAUGAUGAUGAUGAUGAUGAUGAAAUCUAAAGGAGUGAUCAGAUGCACUUAGGAGAGACUAAAAGAUAAAAAUCUGUUGGAGCUAGGAGGAAAAGGCUGGGAUCCAAUAAAGAUUCGGAUUCCUAUAACUAGAGAUGGAGGAGUGAGGCAGAUGGAGGACAGCUUAUUCAUCCUUGAUGGGAGAAUAAUCCAGUUUGACUGGAGCCCAAGAAAGUAGAUCAAAAUCCGACCGUGGAGAGCUUUGAGUACUAAACUAUGGUAUUCAUAUUUUAUUUGGUAAAUAAUAAGGUUUUGGGAAAGGAGUGACGGAUCAGACCGUCUAGAACGGCAAGAAUGUCGAGGAUAGAUUGGAAAAAAGGUCACAGUGUGGAGACAGGGUGCGUUAAGAGAUUCCAGAUGAACUGUAAUGGACUGAAGGAAGGUGAUGAUAGUGGAAAUGGAAAGAGAGGAAUAGAGAGAUAUUAGAGAUGCUAGAGAGUUACUGAAGGCCGAUUUGAUAGGACUGAACUGACUGAUAAAUUUGGAGGAUGAGGAAGAGGGGCUUGUCAAGGAGAAUUCUAAAGGUUCCUUCCUGAACGAUGCUAGGGGAAUUGUGGUACUGUCAGUAGAGAAGUUCAGUAGUUAGAGGGGUUUUAGAAGAGAGUUGAUGACUUCAGGUGAGGACCUGUCAUCCACAGGAGGAUGUCCAGCAGGCAUUCAGAAAUGGGGACCUGCAGUGAUGGGUUUGAGAGUCACUUACAUCAUUAAAUUCAUAGCCAGGGCCUUGAAGGAGGAACCAAGAGAUUGAGAAGGAGUGGUCAAACAGGUGGGAGAUGCACCAUGGUGAGAGUAGCAACAUGGCAGCAAGAGAAGGAAGGAAACUGUCUCUAGAAGGGGGGGUGGUCUGGGGGCAGGUACGUGGUCAAUGAAUAGAGAGCCAGGCCUGGAGACAGGAGGUCCUGGUUUCAUAUCUGCCCACAGACACUUGCCAGUGUUGUGACCCUGGGCAAGUCGCUUAACCCUUGUUGCCCUUCUUGCUCGUCUGCCUUGGGGCCAAUACACAGUAUUAAUUCUAAGACAGGUGAGGGUUUAAAAAGCUAGAUAAAGCGGGUGGGGGCAAUGGUUGCUCAUGUUAGAUGCUGCAGAAAGCUCUUGUGUUCCCUUACCAGUCCUGUCCCAUUAGAGCCUUUCCCCAAAGUCUGUUGAGAGCAGGGGGGAGUGGGAAAUGGCACUGCUCAGCGGAGAGGGGGAAAUGGGAAAGGAAGGGCCAAAAGACUGAAGACACAGAUUUGAGGUGCGCAGAGGAUGGCGUUUGAGGCCAUCUCUAGGGGCAGUGAUGGGGCCUGUCCUGUAUCUCUGGUGGAGCCAAUUGAGGGGGUGCCUCCAUAGAGGGGGCCAAAGCCACGUAGGUGUCUCAUUUCAGCAUCUCAUCUUGGAGACGUUUGUUCAGGAGAGAGGGAACUAGAUUCUGAUCUGUUGUCUAGUGUGUGAGAUGACUCUUGGCUAUGUAUUAAUUAGUAGGAGAAAAUUUACUUGGUGGGGAUUAAAAUGGUUUUGUCAUUCAGUCAUGUUGAACUCUUUGUGACUCCAUUCAUAGUUUUGUUGGCAUAGAUACUGGAGUGGUGGGCCAUUUCCUUAUAGAUGAGGAGGAAACUGAGGCCAACAGGGUGAGGUGACUUGCCCAGGGUCAUGCAGCUAGUGAGUGUCUGAGGUCAGAUUUGAACUGAGGAAGCUGAAUGAGUCUUCCUGUCUCUAGGGCCAGCACUCUGCUCUUUGGUGCCACCUAGCUGCCCAUUAAAAUGGUACAUUAUGAGUGUUAAAGUGGUGUAAAGUUCAUAAAUCUCAUCUGAUUUCUCAGGCUUUACUAAAAAGAUAGAUUGAGGGAAGAUAGGAAAGAAGUAACUGAUUUCAUGUUAAUGUUCCUGUACUUGGUAUAUACAUGUAUUAGUGUUUUUAAGCUGCGAAUAGUUCUUAAGCCUCCGGUCCCCCAAAUCUCUGGAGAUACUUGGCAACACUGCUGAUGUUUUGGUAGCUUUCCGGGGAGGCUGAGACUACGUCCUCAUUUGAAGGAGGCGACCAGAUAGUGCUGGUGUGUGAGACGUUGAGAUGCUGGCUAAAAGUAAUGGCUUGGGACGGCUAGGUGGCACAGUGGCUAGAGCUUCAGGCCUGGAGUCGGGGGGUCCUGGGUUCAGUUUUGGCCUCAGACACUUGCUAGUGGGUGAGCCCUGGGCCAGUCACUCAGUCCCAAUUGCCUGGGCCCUCCUGUUCUGCCUCCGCGUUGUUACUAAGAAGGAAAGGGUUAAAAAAGGAACAAGGAAGCCUCUUUCCAGCAGUUUCUUCCUUACUUGUGGACAAGCCAGGAAACGAAUUGGCCCUCAUCCUUGUAUCAUCCUUGUGAUUAAUUUUUAACUCGCCCUGAGCGAGUUCCUCGGGGAAGCUGGCCUUUUACCUUCUUAACCACUUACGUUGAGCAAUCCCGGGGCAGAGGCUUUCCCGUGGCACGUGCUUGACGAAUACUGGGCCAGUUACCUUGCAGAGCAGACCGAGCGUGCUUCUUGGCCAUGUUGCCCACACCAGAAAUCCGUUUCUCUGCAAGCACACGGAAGAAGGCUUGCGUGUGAAAGAUCACCAGAAGAGGCCUUCCAGCUCCUGCUUUGGGGCCCUGGGGACUUCGAGGGUCUUUUCCCGUCCAGAGACGGGCCCGCCGCCGCUGCCGCCGCCGCCGCCGGUUCCUGUGGGCCGUGGUGCUGCUCGGCAUGGUUGGCCUUCUGGGCCUCUCGGAAAGGGCAGCCAGGCCUCCUGCCAGCAGUGGCCCCCGGUGUGUACAGACGGAGCCUCUGGCACGCUGCCUCCAGCCCCACUACAGGCCCGCUGGGCGCUUUUUGCUUUCUCGGUGUCCUCACCCCGGCCAGUCUCCCUCCCUUGACCUCCACCUCAGCCCGUGCUGUUGGGCCGGCCGGCUCCCUGCAGGCUCCGCCCCCUUGUGGCGAGAGCCCCUCCCCCGGGGCCGAGCCAGGCCGGGGAGAGAAUGGACUGACUGGCUUCCACCCUUGGCUGAGGGCGGAGAAGGUGGGCCGGGAGGAGGACGCUGGGCUGCUGAGGCCAGGCAGAAGGAGCUCCGAGCACCUUCCCUCCUACCUGGAGGCACGAAAGCAGUUUGAAGCUCAGGCUGCGGGGCUGUGAUGGCUCGCUUCUCUCAGAGCUGAAGCCCAGAAGCCGGUGGCAGGCUCUCUGGGAGGGGCCCCGGGGAGAGCCUCUGAGCGGCACUGGACGGUCUUCAGAGGCCUCCAGAAGAUGGCCCAACGCCGUGCUUGGGAAUGAGAACUCGAGCCUGCAGCCAGGUGGACGCAGCUCAGUGCAUGGCUGGGAGGCUUCGGGCGUGUUUGCAGUUCGGUGAGCUUAAACCUCCCUCUGCCUGCCAAGAGAAACCAGAUUCUUUUGGCGAUGGCAGCAGCCUCGUCGGAAAUAAGGGGGAGCUGGUUCAAGGAGUAGAACUGUGGUUUGGGAAGAAAGCCAUGAAGCUCGUAAGGGGUGUCAUGAACGACGUCUCGUGGAACAGAGCUGCCUGGAAGUGGCACAUUCAGGACCCGGCAAGCCAGCGGUUGACAUGGAACAAAUCUCCAAAGAGUGUCCUCGUAAUCAAGAAGAUCCGAGACGCCAGUCUCCUGCAGCCUUUUAAAGCCCUCUGUGUGUAUCUCAUGGAGGAAAACAACAUGAUCGUCUACGUAGAAAAAAAAGUUCUAGAAGACCCUGCCAUAGUGAACGAUGAACACUUUGGAGCUGUGAAGAAGAAAUUCUGCACCUUCAGAGAAGAUUACGAUGACAUCUCCAAUCAGAUCGACUUCAUCAUCUGCCUGGGAGGAGACGGGACCCUGCUCUAUGCUUCUUCACUCUUCCAGGGCAGCGUGCCUCCGGUGAUGGCCUUCCACCUGGGCUCUCUGGGCUUUCUGACUCCAUUCAACUUCGAGAACUUCCAGUCGCAGGUCACUCAGGUCAUAGAAGGGAACGCGGCCAUCGUUCUCCGGAGCAGGCUCAAGGUCAAGGUGGUGAAGGAGCUCCGGGAAAAGAAGGGCCCCGUGCUGCAGAACGGCAUCGACGAGAACGGCGUGCUGGCGCCCGGCCUGGACAAGGACAGCCCCAAGCACAUGGUCAACUACCAGGUCCUGAAUGAAGUGGUCAUCGAUCGCGGUCCCUCCUCCUACCUUUCCAACGUCGACGUGUAUCUAGACGGACACCUGAUAACUACGGUCCAAGGGGACGGAGUGAUUGUGUCCACCCCCACCGGGAGCACAGCGUAUGCCGCCGCCGCAGGGGCCUCCAUGAUCCACCCCAACGUCCCCGCCAUCAUGAUCACGCCCAUCUGCCCGCACUCGCUGUCCUUCCGGCCCAUCGUGGUGCCCGCAGGAGUGGAGCUCAAGGUUGGUGGGGACGCCCCGGCCCUCCCAGCUAGCCGGGACCCCUGGGGCGGGGCUGUGUGGAUGCUCCCCUUCUCGGCCCCCUCCCUCCAUCACCUCGCCACAGCCGCUUCCGGCCUGUCUCCUUGGCCCCAAAGUGCCCGUCGACUCCCUCUCGGUCCAGAACGGGGCCCAGAGCCCGGGAGGCGCUCGGAGCCUUGGCUCCCCGGCCCGCCUGGGCCUCGGGCCUGCCGCCCCUUCCUCCCGGCCCGGACGUCCAGAGCCAGCUUCCCAGGGGCUUCCUUGCUGCUUUUUCUAGAUCAUGCUGUCACCAGAAGCUCGGAACACGGCCUGGGUUUCCUUUGACGGGCGGAAGAGACAAGAAAUCUGCCACGGAGACAGGUGAGUGUUUGCCUCCGCGUUUCCCCUCUCCUGGAGGGUCCGCGCCUCACCUGGGUCCCGUCCAGUCCUUGUCCCUGUGGGCCCCCCCUCCAAGGUGGGCUCGGGGCUGGCCAGGUGAACCCCGAGGGCACCCGCACUACUCGUGGAGCAGGUGCCGAGGUGCUGCCCUCCUCUGGGGGCUGAAGGGUGUGUGGAGCUCCGGGAGGUCAGGCGCUGGGUCUGCCUGGGCAGGGCCCCCAGCAGCACCCGGUCCUAGGAGGGGCCCCAGAACUCUGCGUCCGAGCCUCUCGUUUGGGAGAGAAGGAAGAACCCCAGACGGCAGAGGCAGAGCCUGGAUUCAAGGGCCUUCUCGGGGGUGGCUCCAGGGCCGCCCCUUCCUCUCCCGCUUCUCAGCGCAGCCCAGACGGCUGUCCCCGUGAGAGCCAGGAGGGUUCUCCAGGCUGCCUUCGUGCCCUGGCCGUGCCCGGGGCUCCUGCAUUCACUGGGGGGCGGCCUCGGGGCUCCCCGGCACUCCACCUCGUAACGCUGGCCUGCUCUGUUUGUGUGCCAGCAUCAGCAUCACUACCUCGUGUUACCCUCUCCCCUCCAUCUGCUUCCGGGACCCCGUGAGCGACUGGUUCGAGAGCCUGGCCGAGUGUCUGCACUGGAACGUCCGAAAGAAGCAGAACCACUUCACUGGGGAGGAAGAGGAGUUCUAGGCGGCGGCGCCCCCGAGCUCUGGACUGCCAGGGAGCGUGUGCGAAUCCUUUCAAAGUGUCUUCUUCUCCCUUGCCUGCGGCUCCUGCAGCUCGACCAAUCUGUGUGUGUCUGUGUCUGUAAAUAGAUAGAUAUAUUUUGGAAUACGGUGACGUACCUCAUAUCGGUUGUCUGAUCUGCUCAUGACCAGAUAUCAUGUUAUUUCCUAUCUACUGGCCAAAGGGAAGAGUUGAAAACUUGUCUUUUUUUGUCAGCCAAAUUCACUUUGUUUUAAUGUUUUGGAUUCCCUCUCUGUGUUUUCUAAAGAAGCAAAAAGAGAAAGGAGGCGGCAUUUCUAAGACCUCCACGCCCCGCCCCUUCCUUUGUGGGGACAGAUUUAAGGGGUUUUCUAUUCCUCCAUAAGUGUGGCAGUGACGUCCCGUAGAGGAGCCUUGAGGGGACACGUAGGACUCCAUCUGCCCUUCGGACGACCCAGCAGAGCGCCUGCUCGCCCACGUGGGCAGCCACCACACGUACAAGCCAGACGUCUUCCCUCAGCGGAUGACUCUACAGUACUCCCCCUGUGUACAUAGACUUCUCUUUAUUUUUCCCAAGACGAUCAGGGGAAAUGCUUCUGCCACGACAAAAAUUAAAAGGACAUUUUUGAUAGUCA